UAUACCUUCUCUAAAUGGUAGCUGUGAUGGUAGUGUAUCGGUGUUUCUUGAAGGAAGAAGUUCGCGUGUAGGAUGGUGCGUAAUUUGAUCGCUCGAGAGACGCUUUAAGUUUAUGCAUAUAAUUGCAUGAAAUUUGGUGGGAAUACUUGUGUUUCAGUCGGUUACGCUGCACACGGACCUAGGUGACAUAAAGGUCGAGCUGUUUUGCGAAGCAUGUCCGAAGACAACCGAGCGAUUCUGCAUAGCGGCAAAGCCGACUUUCGGACAUUGCUGUGACGCCGAACAACUUUUGAAGGCGCUCAAUUAAGCCUGCGAGGUCAUGGGCAUAGCAUAGAAUUUCUUGGCCCUUUGUGCUUCAGACUACUACAAUGGCUGCCUCUUCCACCGCAACAUCAAGGGCUUCAUGGUGCAGACAGGCGACCCUACAGGUACGGGAAAAGGAGGUGAGAGCAUCUGGGGUGAAAACUUCGCCAACGAAAUUCAGGAUGGACUCAAGGUACAACCCAAGCUGCGCUAUAGAGGGCCGAGCUGAAGCCUCUUUCAAUCUGUGGUGCCACCUGGCAUUUCAGCGGCACAGUGUGCGGGGAGUGGUCUCCAUGGCAAACAAUGGGCCCAACACAAAUGCAUCACAGUUCUUCAUCACAUACGCCAAGCAGCCCCAUUUGGACCAGAAGUACACAGUCUUUGGAAAGGUCAUUGACGGCUUGGACACCCUGGAAGAACUCGAAAAGGUGCCGGUGAACCCAAAGUAUCGGCCUCUUCGAGAUAUCAAGUUAAACUCUGUAACUAUUCAUGCUAAUCCAUUUGCCGAGUAGGUUUCAAUAAACAGCACUGUGACAGAUUCUAA